AUGGCUUCCGCCCCGACGGAUGCCUCAGGGCCCGUUGCCGCCCCGGCGUUUCCUGAUGGCACCAAGGACUACAAGCCGUUGCGGUCGUCCAAGUAUGACUUGAAGAAACCGCACAUUUCCGAGCUCCCUUUGACCUGGAGCAACUGGUAUAAGCACGUCAACUGGCUUAACACUACCUUCAUCCUAUUCAUUCCUUUAGCUGGGUUGAUCAGCACAUACUGGAUUGAUCUCCAGUUGAAGACGGCUCUCUUCGCCAUCUUCUACUAUUUCAAUGCCGGUCUCGGUAUUACAGCUGGAUAUCACCGACUUUGGGCUCACAGUUCCUUCAGGGCUUCGCUGCUUAUCAAGAUCUAUCUGGCUGCUAUGGGAGCUGCCGCUGUUCAAGGUUCUAUUAGGUGGUGGUCAAGGGGUCACCGUGCUCAUCACCGUUAUACGGAUACCGAGAAGGACCCUUACUCCGUCCGCAAAGGCCUCCUAUACUCUCACAUCGGCUGGAUGGUCAUGAAGCAGAACCCUAAGCGAAUUGGCCGAACCGACAUCUCCGACCUGAAUGACGACCCGGUUGUCGUCUGGCAGCACAAGCACUACAUCAAGUCUGUCAUCACAAUGUCUCUCGUUCUUCCGACCAUGGUCUGCGGUCUUGGUUGGGGUGACUGGUGGGGUGGAUUCAUCUAUGCUGGCAUCAUCCGAAUCUUUUUUAUCCAGCAGGCUACUUUCUGUGUCAACUCUCUCGCUCAUUGGCUCGGUGACCAGCCUUUCGACGACCGCAACUCUCCUCGUGACCACGUCAUCACCGCGCUUGUCACGCUCGGAGAGGGAUACCACAACUUCCACCACGAGUUCCCGUCUGACUACCGCAACGCUAUUGAGUGGUGGCAGUAUGACCCGACCAAGUGGAGCAUCUGGGCCUGGAAGAAGCUGGGUCUUGCCUACAACCUAAAGACAUUCCGCCAGAACGAAAUCGAGAAGGGUCGUCUCCAACAGAUGCAGAAGAAGCUCGACCAGAAGCGAUCCAGGUUGGACUGGGGUGUUCCUCUAGAGCAGCUACCUGUUAUAGACUGGGAUGACUACGUUAGCGAGUCCAAGAACGGCAAGGCUCUAGUUGCUAUUGCUGGUGUUAUCCACGACGUCACCGAUUUCAUCAAGGACCACCCAGGUGGCAAGGCUCUUAUCUCAUCCGGCAUUGGAAAGGACGCCACUGCUAUCUUCAACGGUGGUGUCUACGACCAUUCGAACGCUGCCCACAACCUUCUGUCUACCAUGCGUGUUGGUGUUCUUCGAGGAGGCUGUGAAGUCGAAAUCUGGAAGAAGGCACAUAUGGAGAAGGAAGGUGCCUUCGUUACCGACUCAUCUGGCCGACGUAUUGUCCGUGCUGGUGACCAAGUCACGAGAAUCUCCCAGCCUCUUGCCGGUGCCAAUGCGGCUUAA